AGGGGAGUAGAUAGCUUAGAGGUAGCGGAGGGAGUCUAUGCGCGCUGGACAGCAGUGGGAGGUGUGUGAGGCUCGCGCUGGCCACAGACCCUCGGGCUCAACCGCCGGGGAGCCCGGACUCGGCGACGGGGCUGCCGGGCUACCCGGCCGAGACUUCAGAGGCGCAAACGGAUGGGACUGGCUCGCUCGGCAGCGCCUCACCCCUCUUUUAAGUACACCGAGCGGGGCCCGCGCUGAAGUAGAAGCUGUCGGGGGACGCGCAACCCGGAGUGCCAGUGUGGUCCGAAGGAACAGAGCCCGUACCAGGGCGAUCUGGUCGGGAGCCUGGGGACCGAGCUCGCAGUGUGGGGAGACCCCCACUUCUGCCCAGGGGCGCCAGUCCCAGGACGGUUGAGACGUCGGGACAGCCACCGUGUCCUCCGAGAGGAGACCCUGUCGGGGAGAGGGCGCGCAGUCCCGAACAGUCUGGGGAGCCCAGCGGAAUCAGGCAGGUCACCCGGGGGCGCAGAGCCCCCGUCACGCUCCGUGCGGCGGAGAGGCCAGAGGAGCGAGCCCUCGGAGGCCGCGGCCCAUGCCCAGGUUGGGGGCGCCUGCCCAGUGAAUCCUCCUGGCCGGCGGGGCGGAGAAGAGCGACACCGAAGCCGGCAGGAGGAGAGCACUUGAAGGCCCGGGGCUGCGGAGGAUGGGCGCCUGAGUGGCUCCGAGAGCAGCGCGGCACGGGAAGGCGAGGCGAGCUUUGCUGAGUAGGCGCCAGGGGAUCCCGAAGUGCAGCCUGCUCCCGGGAAGAUGGCCCGGCCUGGGCAGCGUUGGCUCGGCAAGUGGCUUGUGGCGAUGGUCGUGUUGGCGCUGUGCCGGCUCGCCACGCCGCUGGCCAAGAACCUGGAGCCCGUGUCCUGGAGCUCCCUCAACCCCAAGUUUCUGAGUGGGAAGGGCUUGGUGAUCUACCCGAAGAUUGGAGACAAGCUGGACAUCAUCUGCCCCCGAGCAGAAGCAGGGAGGCCCUAUGAGUACUACAAGCUGUACCUGGUGCGGCCAGAGCAGGCAGCUGCCUGCAGUACUGUGCUCGACCCUAAUGUGCUGGUCACCUGCAACAGGCCAGAGCAGGAAAUCCGCUUUACCAUCAAGUUCCAGGAGUUCAGCCCCAACUACAUGGGCCUGGAGUUCAAAAAGCACCAUGAUUACUACAUUACCUCAACAUCCAAUGGGAGCCUGGAGGGGCUGGAGAACCGGGAGGGUGGUGUGUGCCGUACACGCACCAUGAAGAUCAUCAUGAAGGUUGGGCAAGAUCCCAAUGCUGUGACACCUGAACAGCUGACUACCAGCCAGCCUAGCAAGGAGGCAGACAACACUGUCAAGACAGCCACACAGGCCCCGGGUCGGGGCUCCCAGGGUGACUCUGACGGCAAGCAUGAGACUGUGAACCAGGAAGAGAAGAGUGGCCCAGGUGCAAGUGGGGGCAGCAGCGGUGACCCUGACAGCUUUUUCAACUCCAAGGUGGCAUUGUUUGCAGCCGUCGGUGCUGGCUGCGUCAUCUUCCUGCUCAUCAUCAUCUUCCUGACGGUUCUACUACUAAAGCUGCGCAAGCGGCAUCGCAAGCACACACAGCAGCGGGCAGCUGCCCUCUCACUCAGUACCCUGGCCAGUCCCAAGGGGGGUAGUGGCACCACGGGCACUGAGCCCAGUGACAUCAUCAUCCCCUUACGGACUACAGAGAACAACUACUGCCCCCACUAUGAGAAGGUGAGUGGGGACUAUGGGCACCCCGUCUACAUCGUCCAGGAGAUGCCACCCCAGAGCCCGGCGAACAUCUACUACAAAGUCUGAGUGCCCGGUGCGGCCUUGGGCCCUGAGGGACAGAUGGCCUGGACUGGACCUCUCCUUUUCCCCCCAUGCCCCACCCCUGCCAGCUGUGCCCACCUUUGUAUUUAGUUUUGUAGUUUCUUGGCUUUUAUAAUCCCCCUUUUUCCCUGCCCCCUGGGCUUCGGAGGGGGUGCUUGUGCCCCCAAUCCCCAUGCUCUUGUGCCUUCCCCCUCUGGCCAGGCCUCUGGGCUCUGUGGGGGCACCCUUUCUUGGAGGGCAGGGUUGGACGCUGAUAGACAGCAGGCGGGGAGAUGGCCCCCUGGCCCCGCCCCCUCCCUCACUCCCUUCCCCUUUCCCAGGACUGCUUGUCCACUAUCAUCACUGUUUUUAAUGCU